AUGAAAAUAAUUAUAUUAUUUUGUUUUGUCCUUAUGAUUUUUAAACAUGCUAUAAUUUCAAAAGGGUUAACUGAUAUUCCUUUGAUAAAUUAUGAAAUGGUGCCUUCGCAAAGAUGGAAAGUUGCAUCAAAUGAAUUGGCAAAAUUAAAAGAAAAAUUAAAACUUUUUAUAACUUCAGAAAUCCAAAAAGAAGAAUCUAAUCUGAUUCGAAAGUAUUAUAAGGAAUUCUUGCUUCCGGAUGAAGAUGAUAUGAAUGAGCUCGAAUCCGAAUCGCUUUCUACCAAAAAGGAGGAUACACCUAAUUUGAUAGAGGAUACUAAAAUUGAAACAAUAAUUCAGGGAAAACAACCCUUUGAUGUAAAUGGGCCUAUACUAUUAACAUAA